AUGCCACACAAUGGACCUCCAGAGGUUUGCAACGUCACAACACCAGGAAAUAUAAAAUUGACUACACAUCAUUCGCCCACCACUCUCCAGACUAUAUUUCGUUCAAAUGCAACAAGAAUUACGUCAGGGGAUCUUACAAAAUCCUUGGGAGAUUUAGUAAGAAUUGCAGUUUAUAAAUCGCGUUAUGACGAAGUAAGCUUUAACACAACUGGUAUCAAUAUCACGGAAUGUUCUAUUGGUUUUACUGCCUACGAGUACAAGGGUGCGGAAGCAAAUGGUAGCGUAUUUAUGUUUGGAGACCUCAGCGAGAUCCAUAUCGAAGGCGUUGAUUGGGCAUGGGAACCAGUUCCUUCUGGUGAAGCUCGACAACAUAUCGUCAGCAACAGAUCAACAACACCAGAAUUACCAUCAUUCCGGAUAUCCGGACCGGACAUCUGGGCCCUGUGGGAAUUCUUUGAGUCCAUAAUAUUUCAAGGCGAAUAUAUGAGUGGAGGCUACAAGAGUAUAAACUCCGGCCUCAAUGCUGCCCUUGGUGGAGACGCAGAUGUUGAGAAUGCUUUCAAAAAUAUGGCGCAGAGCAUGACAGACUACAUCCGCUCAGGGCCGAGUUCAAAACGGGCUGUUGGAGAUGGAAUCGAGUUUCGAAACUUUGGGUCUAUUAACUGGCCCUGGUUGAUCGGACCUGCGAUUUUAGAGCUGGCUGCGUUGAUAUUUGCAGUCUGUACAAUAAUGGCUACCACGAGAAAGCACGAGGUGCCACUUUGGAAAUCUUCGGCUCUUGUACUGCUGAACGCUGAAUAUGACAAGAACGCGGGGACAAUUAAUGGAGAGUUUGAGGGUGUCAAAGAGUUGGAGAAAAUGGCAAAGUCGUCAAAGGCGCGGCUGGAUUAG